AGAUCCCCGUUUUCUGCUUCAACAGUGAUUGAACCGAAACAGGACUCAUACGCGAUUUUACAAAAACUUUUCAGUUUUAUUUUUCACCUUGCCAUAAAAACUCGUUCAAGAUGUCGCUCUCACUUUGCCGUCAGAACUAUCACGAGGAGUCCGAGGCGGGCGUCAACAAGCAGAUCAACCUCGAGUUGUACGCCAGCUACGUCUACAUGUCGAUGGCCUUCCAUUUCGACCGUGAUGAUGUAGCUUUGCCUGGAUUCCACAAGUACUUCAUGAAGGCCUCGCAUGAAGAGCGCGAGCAUGCCGAGAAGCUUGCCAAGUUCCAGCUGCAACGUGGAGGCCGCAUUGUGCUUCAAGACAUCAAGCGCCCUGAGCGCGACGACUGGGGUUGUGGACAGGAUGCCAUUCAGGCAGCUCUUGACCUGGAAAAACACGUCAACCAGGCCUUACAUGAUCUGCACAAGGUCGCCGAGAAGCACGGUGACUCUCAGAUGCAAGACUGGCUCGAGUCACAUUACCUGACUGAGCAAGUGGAGGCCAUCAAGGAGCUUGCUGGUCACUUGACCAACCUGAAGCGUGUUGGCCCUGGCCUGGGAGAAUUCCAGUUCGACAAGCACACCCUCGAUGACUAGAGGGCUGCAGGCCGGACUGAGCCUCGAACCAGUGGAUUGACCUUUGAACCAUAGUAGAUCUUAUCAACCCUGAUGUGACACACAGCGCCGCCCUUGUUCACACAAAUCGGAAGCCUUUCGAUAAUUCUUUCCACUCCGAGGCACACAUCGCCGUGCCCUGGUCCCUAUUUCAUCCAAUGGUAAAGGAAUCAGGGAAGCCGUUUUUUGUUAACAAGAGCAUCUUUGUUUUCUUUUCUUUUGUUAGACUUGUUUUCUGUAGUGACUAAAUAAAAGCAUGAUAAAAUCAG